AUGGGAGACAAUGGAGGCCUUCUUUCGACCCGAAGGGGCGAAAAGAAGUUUGAGGCGGCGGCCAAGCUCGGCACGAAGCCUGCCCAUUUGGAAUGGUCGGAGGUGGUGGACGCUCUGUCGUUCGUGACAGAGGACAACAUGGAUCUGAUUCUUGAAUACAUGCUGCUAGAGAACGAACUGAGGCGCGCCUCCCCGUCCCAUCGGCAGCAGCACAUGCUGAUCGUGGGGCUGACAGCCCAUAUGCUGAUCGUGGGGCUGACAGCCCAUAUGCUGAUCGUGGGGCUGACAGCCCAUAACAUGGCGGAAUACGGGGACCUCUGCACAGAGGCCGGCAUGGAUGCGUAUGCUACCAAGCCGUUCAAAACGCCGGCGCUUGUGGCGCUUAUUCUCGAAACUAUCAAGCACCUGAAAGGCCAGCUGGCCUCGAAAGGAGCCUCACCCGCUCCUCCUGGGUACCCAGCAGCAGGUGGAGGUGCGGGUGGUGGCAAUGGGGGAGGUGGGGGAGGUGGGAGAAAGGUUGAGGGAAGCCGGAGUAGCAAUGCUGUGGUGGGAGGAGGUGGUGGUGGUGACGGUGGUGGUGGUGCUUCUGCAAGAAGCAGCCGGAGCGAGGGGAGCACGAGCUUCACGGCUACUCAUUCUGCUUCUGCCGCUUCUGCUGGUAGUGGUGGCACUGCUGUCAGUGGCAGUAACACAGGGGCACCCCCCCCCAGCGUCCCUGCAGCAUCAGUGUGGGUGUGA